AGCCCACGUGCCAUGCCCUCCCCCAACAGCUCUGACCUCAGCCCACCCUCCUUCAUCCUGGCCAGCAUCCCGGGGCUGGAGGCGGCCCAUUUCUGGAUGGCGAUCCUCCUCUGCUCCAUGUACAUCUUGGCGGUCACGGGCAACUGCGCGGUGCUGUUCAUAGUGAAGACGGAGCCCAGCCUGCACGCCCCCAUGUACUUCUUCCUCUGCAUGCUGGCUGCCAUCGACCUGGCCUUGUCCACAUCCACGGUGCCCCGUGCCCUCUCCUUCUACUGGUUCAACACCAGCGAGAUCAGCUUCAGCGCGUGCCUUGUCCAGAUGUUCCUCAUCCACACCCUCUCGGCCAUCGAGUCCACCAUCCUGCUGGCCAUGGCUGUGGACCGGUACGUGGCCAUCUGCCACCCGCUGAGACACGCCGCCAUCCUCACCAACGCCGCCACAGCGAAAAUAGGGCUGGUAGCCAUGGCCAGGGGAGUUCUCUUCUUCCUGCCUUUGCCUUUACUCCUCCUGCCCCUUCCCUUCUGCAGCUCCCGGGUGCUGUCACACUCCUUCUGCCUGCACCAGGAUGUGAUGAACCUGGCCUGUGCCAACGCCACCCCCAGCGUGGUGUACGGCCUCACCGCCAUCCUGCUGGUCAUGGGCCUGGACGCCAUCCUCAUCUGCCUCUCCUACGUCCUCAUCCUCAAGGCUGUCUUGCGGCUGGCGGCGUGGAAGGAGAGGCUGAAGGUGUUCAGCACCUGCGUUGCCCAUAUCUGCGUGGUCCUGGUCUUCUAUGUGCCCCUGAUUGGGCUGUCCGUGGUGCACAGGUUUGGGAAGGACCUGGCGCCACUGGUCCAUAUCAUCAUGGGCAACGUCUACAUCCUGGUGCCCGCUGUGCUCAACCCCAUCAUCUACGGGGUGAGGACCAAGCAGAUCCAGAGGAGGAUCCUGAAUUUAAUUCAUAUAUACAGCGACAGAACUGCCCAGUGA